AUGUCCGGUUUUAUUUCGACACUCGCGUUCUGGCUCAUAGCUCUGCAGGUCAUGGAGUUUCUACCUCGAGCCAUCGGACCCAAUGUCACGACCUCCGACGAGCUCCGCAGCCAGUGCGGAACUUGUACCUUGAAAGCAGACCGAAGCGCGUACUGGAUUCUGACUCUGUACUAUGUCAGCAAGAAGGGGCCCAUCUCCGUCAAGGUGCCCAUCUUUCAUGUCUACUAUCAUGGCCAGCAUGAGGGCAUGGAGUCCUUUCCAGAGGACCUUUCCAUCAGAAGUGGCAACCCGCACUUGACAGAAGAGGAAGCCCGCCAGCAAGGCGGCAUUGGGAUGAAAUGGCAUUGGGAGUUGACCGAUGAAGAGAAGGAAGACAGGGAGCUUCCUAAGAAGAAGGGUAACGGCAGGCUCCGCGGCAAUAUUGGUUUCCCAACAAGAGUCGUCAAGGACCCGUCGCUUGGCCGUUACCGCGUCUGCAAGCCGGACGAUGAAGAAAGUUGCUUCAGCGUGGUCCGCAUGUUCUUUGCCAUUCGGUACGGUAUGCGACACGACUGGUUUGAUUUCGAGGAUGGAGCUUAUUUGACUCUUUCAUCCGGAGGAGCACUGGGAUAUGAUGCUAUGGAUAAGUCAAUGGCGAAGCAGAUCGUUACCGACACGACCAACUACAAUGCCGAGGGGGAAAUAAUCGGUGGUCCAGAUGCGGUCGUCAAGAGUCCUGAGUGUGCGAAGCUGGACGACGAGGAUCCGUUCCUUUGGGACUCAGACUGGGACGCCAUGUUGUAG